UGUGGAACAAGUAGGUAGCGUCCCUUGACAACAUGGCUUCUGUCGAUAUAUGUCCUGGAUUUAGAAUACGAUGACUCGGAAGAAAUUAGAAUGAUGGCGUUUCUUCAGAAAAUUGCUGCUAGUCUCAAACGUGGAAGAACAGCUGAGUUACCGCAAGAUGACAAGGAAGCCUUUUAUAUUUUGAUGCCUAUGGUGAUCGCCAAUCAACACAGGUCAGUAGCAGAUCUUUUGUCCAACUCCAAGUUUUGUGUAUCAUUCCAAUGUGGACGCCCUCAAAGGAGUUUGCUUCAUGUAGCAGCAAACUGUGGGGCAUAUGAGACAUUAUGUCUUCUUCUAAAGAAAAAAGCUGAAGUCAACUUGCAGGACAAGUCAGGAUUUACACCGCUUCAUCUGGCAGCUAAAAAUGGUCAGAGAAAAUGUCUUAACAAGUUACUGGAGUAUGAAUGUGACAUCAACAUCCGAAACAAUGAAGGACUUACAGCAGUUCACUGGCUGGCUGUCAAUGGCCGUACAGAGCUUCUGCAAGACAUGCUUUCAAGGAUCAAAGAUGUAAACAUUGAGGAUGCUCAAGGCCAAACACCACUCCAUGUUGCUUGCCAAAAUGGCCAUUUAAAUACACUGCGAUGCCUUCUUGACAAUGGUGCUAAUGUCAACAAACCCAAUAACAAUGGUUGGACACCUUUACACUUUGCUUGCAAACAUGGGCAGCAUGAAGCUGUGGAUGCAUUACUGAAAAGAGGUGCAGAGCUACGGCCUGAGGACGGUGGCAAGACACCUUUAGCUAUAUGUCUGGAGGAAGGCUAUGGUGAAACCUGUGAAGUGCUGCUUCGCCAAUGGCCAAGGCUUUUUGAUUCUAUGCUACAAACAGCUUGUAAUGUCACAAUCUCAGAAGAUAAUGUAUUGAAAGUCCUAACCUACCUGUGUGGGCGUGAAAGAGGGAUGAAGGAGAGGGUAGUUGAAGGCUUAUCUGAGAGACUGUCCAUUACUGGACACCACCUACUCAGUAACAUGAGCCAAGAGGAGGGAAACACAGAUAGUCUUAUAAGAGUUGUCCGAAUACUGUUACGAGCUGAGAAGAUACAGCCGACAUCCCCUAAACCUGAUGUACACGACCUGCUUGAAAGCCACAAAGAAAAUACACAUACACAGCCACUCAGUGACAGACUGUGUUUGCAAAUGCUGUGGCAGCAGUUAGAGGACAUACUGACGCUCAUGGAUUCAGAACUCCUGCAUGAGGACACCACAUCAGACCAGCCAGUCAAAGUGUGUAGCCAGAAUGGCAUGCUGUCUCCCAGUGACCACGAAUUAUAUGUCCUUGCGCUGCAGAUGUGGAUAGGAAUGGCGAAAAUUCAGUGUCAGAGAAGCUGCUAGCAAAAACUAUGUGAAGUCUUUUCUGGGGAUGCUAGUCUGCUGGCUUGCUCUGUUUCAUCAUCCACGCCCACGCCAAAAAUAGAAGAAAAAGACAAAAGCGGCAGCUUCUCACCUGCUGUGCCUCGUGUGUGUGCCUUGAUUCGGGCUUUUUACAUGUGUUCACAAAGCAACAAAAACAGUUCUGAAAAAUCAUCCCAGUUCUUCGCCUUUUUUCAAAGACAUAUCAAGACUUUGAAACUCUUUGUGGAAAGAGAUCCCCAGCUGAUUUUCAAUCACUUUCAUUUCCUUCUGUCCUGUCCUGAGCUCAUGUCCAAUUUUCUCACAAUCGUCCAUCGUCAGCCAUUUGAAAGCCGAAGGCAGUGGUUUUACGAAAACCUCCCAACACCAGACAUGUUGUCAUUCGCAUCCAACGAAGAGAACCAUGGACUUGUCAGAGUUAACAGAGAGCAGGUGUUCAGCACAAGUUGUGAAGAAGUUCUGCACCAGUCUCCAGACAAACUGAAGUCAACUCUCACUGUGCAGUUCAAUGGAGAAGAGGGCAUGGGUCAGGGUCUGGUGCGAGAAUGGUUUGAUUUGCUGUCAAGAGAGCUCCUGAACCCUGACUAUGCUCUCUUUACCAUGUCUGCAGAUGGUUGUACAUUCCAGCCCAACAGUAACUCUUCCAUCAAUCCAGAUCAUUUGAACUACUUCCGUUUCACUGGACGUCUCUUGGGAUUAGCCUUAUUUCAUCGUCAGUUAUUAGCUACUUACUUCACUCGCUCCUUUUACAAGCAUAUUCUGGGUAUUCCUGUAAACUAUCAGGAUGUUGCUUCAAUAGAUCCAGAAUAUGCAAAAAACCUUCAGUGGCUCCUGGACAAUGACAUCAGCAACCUUGGCCUUGACCUGACUUUCAGUGUGGAGACUGAUGUCUUUGGCAUUAUGCAAGAGGUAGAACUCAUUCCAGGAGGAUCGAAGGUGGCUGUAAAUGAAGUAAACAAGAAAGAAUAUGUGCAGUUUGUAACAGAACUAAGAAUGACACGUGCCAUAAAGCCCCAGAUAGACAGUUUCUUGUCUGGUUUCCAUGACUACAUUCCUCAUACGCUUGUACAACUUUUCAAUGAGUAUGAAUUGGAGCUACUUCUCUCUGGGAUGCCAGAAAUAGACCUGGCUGACUGGAAGACAAAUACCACCUACUCUGGCUACACGCAUGACUCAGAAAUUAUUCAUUGGUUCUGGGAUAUUGUGGACCAUAUGAAAGAGCAACAAAGGGUACAGCUACUUCAGUUUGUCACAGGAAGUUCACGAGUACCAUAUGGAGGCUUUAGCCAGUUACCCAGCGGGGGAUCAAUCCAGCUGUUUACCAUUAGUCGUCAACCUUGUGCAGCAACUGUCCCAUACCCUCUACCCACCACUAGUACCUGCAUCAACCUACUGAGACUUCCAGAAUAUCCUACUCUUGCAGACCUAGAAGACCGCUUGUUGACAGCGCUAAGAUGUGGAGGACAGGGAUAUGGGCUUGUCUGAUCCAGAGGACCAGCUAGCAAAAUAAAGAUCUCAAUUAACGAAUUUUUGUAGGGAACUGCUCGUGUUGAAAAAUAUGAAGUUGAAUAAAUGUAGUUUGGUAUUAUAUAAGAAUUUUGAUGACAGGUCUGCUACCUAUCUGUACAGAAAUGUAAGAAUGUUAAUUGUCACAAAGCAUAUCAUAUUUCAAAAACUUCAAAUUCUAUAUUAUUUUAAUGACCUUGAAAAGAUUUAUAAAAGAGCUAUUUUAAUUUGAAAAACAUGGCUAAGGAUUCCAUCAAAAAAAAUAUUUGAAGGGUUAUUACAAACAUGAAAAAACAGCACAAAAGAAAAGAAUGGAAUAGGUGAAGCAAGUUCACAAUGAUGUUUGGAAGAGAAAGAAUGUUUCUGAAAAGCAUUCUCAGGAAAGAAACAUUAUAUUGUGCCAAACUUUGUGCUUUUCUUUUUCCCUCAUUAGUGGCUUCAUUUGAAGCAUGAAAUCCAAUACUGAUCAUGUCAAUUGAGUACUUCAGUUGAGACAUUAAAUCCAGUACUCAUCUCGUCAGCUGGGUACAUUUAGCUUGACUGACUACUCAUUAUGAUUUUUCAGUGUGAUAUGUGAUACAACAAAUAUUCAAAUUGCAAAGUAAUGAUGAUGCCUUUACAGGGCAGCACCUAUAUUGUUAAGGUUUUAAAAAAAGCAGAAACCUUUUAAAGUAAUUUGCUUUUUUCCAAGGCUGUGGUUGGCUAGAUAGUGGCAAUUGUUAAGUGUUGUUUAUUAUAGUGGUGAUAUACAGGCUUCAUUGAUGUUACAGAUUAUCUACAUGUUACUGUAAUUGGGAAAGGGUCCACAACAAUGGCUAGAGUGCAUGAAUGUCACACAAAAAUGUUCUGCCUUUCACCCUCUGGUCAAUAAAACAUUUAAUAAAUAUGAGGACCAAGGCACAAAAUCUUCAUUAUUUUAAACCACUAUUGUCACGCUCCUGUUGUUUAAUGAUUUUCAUGAUUGCCAGAUAAAAAUGCAGUUCAUCUGCUUGAAGAAUACAUCAUUUAAAAGAGAUUUUUCAUAUUUUCACACAGCUUAGUAUAUAUCAGUGUUUUCCAGAUGGAUAGUUAUUAUUGCUAUAUGACCUUCAUGUGCCACAUAUUUUAUAUGUUGGUCAAGGUUGUAAAGCCACCUUUCUGCCAUUUUAACAGUGAAGAAGUCUAAUGGCUUAGGCUGAGAGAUGGCUUGUGAUUGCUCCCGUCUCAUAAGAAGUUCUUGCUGCUUGUGUUAAAAAAAUUGUCAGUUUAUUUGUAAAAUUUGGGAGAGGAUAUCUGACUGCAUCUUUUUUAUUAAUGCUAAGCCAGUUUUA